AGACCAAUCUAUUCCUUUUCUUUUUUUUAUUUGAUAUUCAGAUUUGUCUUCUUUCUGUACUUCAAAGACAGAUUCAUGGCUUCUGUUGGGAACACACUCUGCCUCGUUGUAGCUUUACUUCUGAUCUACCAGAAGACAGCAACAUGCCGUGAAGCAGCUGCUCCAGUACAGCCCAAAACGUUUCCUCAAUACGACGAUGAUUCACCUUUCGAUGUUUGUCGUUGGGUGAUUUGUGGUGGAGGAUCUUGCAACAAGACAAAUGUGUUAUCAUACAACUGCCAUUGCCGUGAAGGUUACAAAAAUCUUUUCCACAUCGCCAUGCUUCCUUGCAUCAAGAAUUGUACAAUUGGAAAGGACUGCUUGGAUAAUGUAAUCAUCCCUUUUUCAAACGCAUCAUCGUUUUCUCCAUCUCCUCUACCUGAGAGCAGCAAGAAUCUCACUGACAGCAGCAAUAAUCAAGCAGCAGGAUUGAAUCUAAGAGGAUCAUCAUUGUGGUUGAUAGCAUCUUUGCUUUGUGUCUCUAUAGCACCAUGGAACCUGCUCUACAUUUGAUCUCUUGUACUUUUGGUUUCAAAUUUUGUGUGUGUGUGUGUACCCUUUCGAUGUUUUUUUGUUUGAUAUCGUACUGUUUCUGUAUUUAUUUGCUUCUUAUCUGUUUUACUCUUUUAUUCAUCCUUUUUUUAACUAAUCAUAGAAUUAUAUUUCUCAACA